UUGGAGCCCUGGCAUCCAGAGCUCCACGUCUGGACGAGCCCCGCCUGGGCGAAGCGUGCGGAGGAUGGAAACACUCCCCCGGCAAUGUCUCUGGGCCGUCUCCUUCGCCGGGCCUCCUCCAAAGCCUCAGACCUCCUGACCCUCACCCCAGGCGGCGGUGGCGGGCCCCCCUCCGUCCUGGAUGGGGAGAUCAUCUACUCCAAGAACAAUGUCUGCGUGCACCCCCCAGAGGGGCUGCAGGGGCUGGGGGAGCACCAUCCAGGCUACCUGUGCUUGUACAUGGAGAAGGAUGAGCUGCUGGGGAGCACCCUCGUCCUCGCGUGGGUCCCCAACUCUCGUAUCCAGAGGCAGGACGAGGAGGCGCUGCGGUACAUCACCCCCGAGAGCUCCCCCGUGCGCAAGGCACCCUGCCCACGGGGCCGGCGUGCCCAGAGCUUGGGGACCCCCCACCAGCCCUCUCCUACGGAGCCCAGGCCUGCCCUGAUCCCCAGAGACGAGGACACCCUGGUGGUGGCACAAAGUGUCCAGGACGCUGUGCACGUCAGCCCUUCCCCCCCUUCUGAGGAGGGGGAGAAGCCAGCCCAGGGCUUGGGGAUGGCCCCACCACCAGCCCACAGCGACUCCGGGAUCCUGUCGGCGGUCAGCUCGCAGGACGGGACCGAGGAGGGGCGGGAGCCACGGCCUGAGGCCAGCGAGGAGGAGGGCUCCCUGGAGCUGUCCGCGGACGGUGUGAGCAGGGACAGCUCCUUCGACUCGGAUUCCGACGCUUUCUCUUCGCCUUUCUGCCUCUCACCCAUCAGCGCGGCCCUUGUGGACAGCGGCAGCUCUGUGUUCCUGGACAGCGAGAGCGGCUCCCCCUCCAGCGCCGACGCCCACCUGCGCUUCCCCGACGGCACCGGCCUCCUGCAGACGCCGCGCUGGGACGAGCCGCAGAGGGCCUGUGCCCUGGAGCAGAUCCGUGGCGUCUUCCGCGUGGACCUGGGGCAGAUGCGUUCCCUCCGCCUCUUCUUCAGCGACGAGGCCUGCACCAGCGGCCAGCUGGUCAUUGCCAGCCGGGAGAGCCAGUACAAGGUUUUCCACUUCCAUCACGGUGGCCUGGACAAGCUGUCUGACGUGUUUCAGCGGUGGAAAUACUGCGCUGAGACGCACCUCAAGGACCAGCAGGUUGCCGACGAGAAAACCUGCAUGCAGUUCUCCAUCCGACGCCCCAAACUGCCCUCCUCCGAGACGCACCCCGAGGAGAGCAUGUACAAGAGGCUGGACGUGGCGGCCUGGCUACGCCACCUGAACGAGCUGGGCCAGGUGGAGGAGGGGUACAAACUGCGCAAGGCCAUUUUCUUCGGAGGCAUUGAUGUGUCAAUCCGAGGGGAGGUCUGGCCCUUCCUGCUGCGAUAUUACAGCCUCGAGUCCACGUCGCAGGAGAGGGAGGCACUGCGGGCGCAGAAGCGCCGGGAAUACGCCGAGAUCCAGCAGAAGAGGCUCUCCAUGACCCCUGAGGAGCACAGAGCGUUCUGGCGCGACGUGCAGUUCACCGUGGACAAGGACGUGGUUCGGACGGAUCGGAGCAACCAGUUCUUCCGAGGCGAAGACAAUCCGAACGUGGAGAGCAUGAGGAGAAUCCUGCUGAACUACGCCGUGCACAACCCCGCCGUCGGCUACUUCCAGGGCAUGUCGGACCUCGUGGCGCCCAUCCUGGCCGAGGUCCGGGACGAGUCCGACACCUUCUGGUGCUUCGUGGGUUUGAUGCAGAACACGCUGUUCGUCAGCUCUCCUCGGGACGAGGACAUGGAGAAGCAGCUGCUGUACCUGCGGGAGCUGCUGCGGCUGACGCACCUGCGCUUCUACCAGCACCUGGUGUCGCUGGGCGAGGAUGGCCUGCAGAUGCUCUUCUGCCAUCGCUGGCUCCUGCUGUGCUUCAAGCGCGAGUUCCCCGAGGCCGAGGCGCUGCGGAUCUGGGAGGCCUGCUGGGCCCACUACCAGACGGAUUACUUCCACCUUUUCAUUUGCGUGGCCAUCGUGGCCAUCUACGGAGAUGACGUCAUUGAGCAGCAGCUGGCCACCGACCAGAUGCUCCUGCACUUUGGAAACCUGGCCUUGCACAUGAACGGGGAGCUGGUUCUCAGGAAGGCCCGCAGCUUGCUGCACCAGUUCCGGCUUCUGCCCCGCAUCCCCUGCAGCCUGCACGAUCUGUGCAAGCUGUGUGGGACCGGCAUGUGGGACAGCGGAUACAUGCCCGCCGUGGAAUGCACGGGCCACCACCCGAGCUCGGAGAGCUGUCCCUACGGGGGCACGGUGGAGACGCCUUCGCCCAAGCCCCCCAGAGAAGGCAAGAAGGGCCCAAAGAUGCCUCGGGAAGGCUUCAGUUUCCGCAGAUAGAGAGCCGCGCUGCUCGCCGCUGUAAAGACAUUGAUCGACAGAAGAGAGGAAGUUACCAGCAUCUCCGAGUUCCCAGAGUCUUCAGGGGAGAGGCCCCUGGAGCCCCCUCAGCCCCCAGAUCCUGGGUGCUGGCCGCUUCUGCCCAGCAGAGCAGUCCAGGCUGGGUGGGGUGGACUUCUCACCCGCUCUGCCCCUGGAGGAAGGGGAUUGCCUUUCUGUGCUGGCCCCUAGGGUGCUGCGGAAAAGGCGCUGCCCUGAUCCUGCUGUGGAAACCACCGCCCAUGAGCAGGGAUAUUGGCCACCGCUGCAGCAGUGCUGUGUAACGAGGAGCCCCCAGACCCACGUCCACCCUGUCCAGGGUCAGCGGUUUAGACUGGGCACUUCCGGUCUUGUCUGGGUGUGUUCCCAUGUCUGGCUCAGCUGACAGUCACACCCUGAAGGGGCUGCUCACGAGCGUAGAGAUCGGAUCGGGGGCUGUCUCUUGCAUCCCGCUGCAAGCUAACCUCGGUCAAGGCAAAGGCACCCGAGCAGAAAUGCACAGGUGCCUUCCCAAGCCUCGGGGGAGGCCACACCUGCUGUCAUCCCAUUGCUGAAGCACGUCCCAUGGCUGGACUCAGCAUCUGGGGCUGGGGGAGUGGACCCCUCCCUUUAGAAAGAGGGGCUGCACGGUGACAGCAGGGGGCUGGGAAUUCAGAGGGUAAGACACUGGGCCAUGGGUAUGUCUGCCACCCCCUCCAAGAAGUUUUGGUCCAAAGAGCCCUGUUGGGGAGCUCUCCUGUCGGGCACAGGACUUCCCCUGGAAAGGCGGGAGGUGGCCAAGGGGAAAGAGGUUGUCUGCUCCUCAGCUCACCCGGUCUGGGAGGCAGCAGCCGUGCAUUUUACUGAGAUUCCUCGUGCCUUUGGGCUGCCCCGGGGUGGGGGGGCGUCCAGGGAUCCCUUCACUUUGGAGGGUCCUGGGUACAAAGCAUUCAUGCUGAAUUUCCUGGCUCCCACAGCUCCCCAAGACCCCCGUGCCAAGUGCCAUCCCACCCUCCCUGCUCCCGCCUCACACCCCUGCACUGAGCUGGGCCCCCGGGAGAUCUAUGCCUCUCAGAGCAGCCAGAAUCUUGGAAGCCAAAGACCUGGAUGUGUGGGCUCUUUGAGGAAAGGCUGCUCUGGAGGGCUGGGGAAGGCCCGCCUUGCAGGGCUCCCUUAAUCUGGGUGCAAUUAGAGGAAACCAGCCAAAAACCCUGCGGCCCCAGGAUUAUUCCCAGCCAGCAAAAGGCAUUAAGGUGAUAAUUCCGUCAUUAGACUUCUAGCCUUCCCACCUCCCAAACGUGCAAAUAUGGGAUAAUCAGCCCAGCACGGCCAGCCUCGGUGAUGCUGCUUAUUUAACCCAUUUUUUUAAAUGACACUUCAUGUUAUUGGCCGGUGUGCGUGUGCGCGCAUACUUAAUUUCCCCACCGCUAACGUCUGCGCUGACGGUCCAGGAUGUCGUCGGGGCCCCUGGGAAGAGAGGGAGGCUUUGAUACGCUCCUGCUGGCAUAGACAGGGCAGCAUGGCAGGGGCUCGCCAGCCCAGGGAGGGUUCACGCUCCCAGGGAAGAAGGGAUGGCAGGAGGAUGCUGGGCCCCGGGAGGGUGGAGGACGCACAGGCUGGCGGCGUGGGGCCUGGUUAGGUGCAGAGGAGAACCGUGUGCUAUUCCGGAAGGCUCCACUCGAGUCCCAGCCAGGAGGACUUGGAACCCACAAGUUAGGGGAACUGGUGUCCCUGAGCCCAUCCGGGGGGAGGAAUGGAUGGGGUGAGGAGGGGCCCCAGCCCACCUCUGCAGGCGAGGAGGGUGUGCAGUGCAGAAGCGGAGGCCUGGCUCCACUGGCCGCCUCCGUCCGCGGGCCAUCAGUAGCCUUGUUGUCCUGAUCGGCUGCGUGUCAGGCAGGACAGCGGUUUUCAAAUCCGGGACCUCAAGCACGUGUCCUUUGAGUUUUUCCAGAAGAGCCCAGCCUGAAGCCCCAUCCGGGGAGGACAGCUGGACAGGAUGAAGCUUCUGGUCCUAAGACGGAGGCUUCUCCCAGGCUAGGUGGCGGUGGCUGGCAGAGUAGCCACGCUGAUCCUUGACAGGUGGACGUACAGAAAUGGGGCAAAGACUGGGGGCCGUCGUGGUGGGGGUGGUGCUCUGUGACUUCCCCUUCGGUUUUUGUGAGGUCCCUCCGAGCUCUUGUGGCCGUUCCUUGUUUGGUAGACAGCACUUGGAACGUGGCAGUCCUCAGGAUGAGGGGAAUCUGCUCACGGCAGUGCCCCUCAGAAGGCUCGGUCCUCCAUCUGGCCUCCCCUCCCCCGCAGGGGGGCUGGCAGGUGUCAGGGACACCAGGGUUCACCCAGCAAAGAGUAGGAAGCCUCUUCCAGUUUGUCUGCCCAGCAAAGGCCCCAGGUGGCUGCCCUGCAUGGGAGGAAGGAAGAGGCGCUCCCCCAGGAAGACCCACACACGUGCAGGGAUGUGGACUGGGCCAGAGGAGGUGGCCCGAGGCCAAGGGAAGGACUCCCCAGAGACUCUAGAGAACCAGACAGCCCAGGGUCCCAUUAGGCCUGGAUUCCAAAGCCACACAGCAAGUCUGUCCCUUGGAGAAAGAACAUUCUCUGGAUGUUCCUGGCCCAAAGGGAACAGCCCCAAAACUAAACAGCUCAUGUCCUCCCAAGUUGUGAAGGCUGAGGUCAGGGCUCCCCCUGGGGGGUGAGCAGUGUUGAGCCUCAGUUUCCCCAUCUGUAGAAUGAGAAGGAUGACGCCCACCCAUCCCCCCACUCAGGGAAGACACCACCGACCUUGGCCUUCCGCAGCCUUGCCGGAGAGCGGCCACGUGUCCCCGACUCCAGAGCUCUCCCCACUUUGGGAGUCAGCAAACCCACUCCCUCUCACGCCCACCUUGCUGCGCGUACCCGGCUGACGGGACACCUCUGUGCCUCUUCUGUAACAUUCACCCCGUGCCACCCCACUCCAGCCACCAAGAAAAGCCAACCAUGAGCGUAACCUCAGCGACCCUGCCAGAUGUUCGUGUGCAUGGCUGUACAAGGCUCUUCAGCGGGAAUGCGGUCCGUGCGUGCAAGGUCUCACCCCCUCCGCUGUGCAAACCACGCGAGCGGGACUCUGGCCUCCUGGGUCAGUGAUGUUGGACCUGGGGAGGGGCCUCGCUGGGCCUGCAGGGAGAGGGCAGGGUGCACACAGCCUGCAGGCAUCUGGCCCUUUAAUUACACCGCAUUGAAUUUCUAGGUGGGAAGAGAACCUUUCAGAUUCAGAGAGAGCUCAACCUCAGGGCCGUCUUCUCUCUGGCUCCUCUGCUAGAGAGGCCAGGGCUCUGCGGUUGAAGGAGCAUUUUAACGGAAUGUCCACCAUUAUCAACAGAUGACUGUUGUCCAUGGCAAGCAACUCUUGCUCUGUGUUUUCUUUUGUUUCGUUUUGUGAAUACAAUCACCUGUCAGUCAGGCCCUGCCCCCCUGCCUGGGACUGGUCACCACGACCCCAACAGUGCUUCCGGUUCUCAUGGAUUCCCCUGAAAAGGAAAUAAAAUCACAUUGACAACAAAUGGAUGCUGCUGGGCGC